AUAAAUUUGGAAGGAAAUGAGCCAAUUCGCUGUCGCUGGUUGAUUUAUCCACUCGAGAAUUUGUAGCGCAUUUUUUGUACGAUGGUUAAUGGAAAAUCCUAAACGUUUUUUCGGUAUUUAAGAGUAGACAGCAGCGCUCAGGAACGCACGUUACUAAUUUGAAAAAAUGCUAAAAAAAAUAACGAUUUCGUAAAAUUUUGGUACAGUUGUUCCACAUCAUCUCAGGCUGAAAUGUCAGCGGUCAGCUGGCGGGACUACGCGGACACCGUGCUGUCGGAGGGGCAGUAUGCUGACUGGGCGAUUGUGAACCUUCGCCGACGUAAGGUUUUGGCCGCCAAACGAUGGGGCUGGCUGGAACACCUGACCCGUCAAGAAGUGAAGACUUUGCUGACAGGUGACCGAGAGGCCAUUCAGACCCAAGGCCUUACUCUCGGCGGAAUGCAGUGCUCAGUCAUCCGGGACAACAUGGGCACGCCCGGUGAUCGCUCGAUGGACCUCCGCACGAAGCCGAGGCCCGGCCGUGGCGUGGCAGUGUGCCGCUCCAGACGGGUCCUCGUUCUGCUCGUCGGUCAGCGCGGCGUCCACAGUGCUAUCCUCCAUCAGAUGGCACAGAGGAUAGCUUCUGAUAUCGACAACGACGAUUCACAGAUGAUCCAAUAAGCCAAGUCCGUGCAUUUCUGGAGUUUUAGCUUUUAAUGGGUUCUGAGAUGUAUAAUACUUACAGCAAGCGAUCCUUGUGUAAUAUCAAUAAAAGAGUUCUGGAAAACUAA